UGAACAAAUUUAGAAGACAGCUGGCCGGAUGGUAGAAAUUUUUAAUUUGCCAAGAAUGAAAGGAAGUUGGAAAACGAUCUUAUGCUGUGCUAAACAUUAAAACAAAAUGGAAUUACAAGUCUUUGAAAUGCUAAGAAAGCGAGAUUCCGAGUACUAUCUGGACCUGAACGACACUCAAUUCAAUUACACCGAUUUUUACAUGAACAAUACGUUUUACAGCGAAUCUGAUGAAUCUCGAUUACAACGUGUAAAAAAUUUAAUAUUUCCGAAAUGCUGGACUUGGAUAUUAAUUUUUCUUCAUUCGGUGGUGUUUAUAAUAGGAUUAAUUGGAAAUAUAUUAGUAUGUGUCGCUGUGUAUAGAAAUCAUACAAUGAGGACUGUAACGAAUUAUUUUAUUGUGAAUUUGGCGGUGGCAGAUUUUUUGGUAAUACUUUUGUGUUUACCUCCGACUGUUAUUUGGGAUGUCACAUUGACGUGGUUCUUUGGGGACUUCAUGUGCAAGACUGUCUAUUAUUUACAGAAUGUUUCCGUUGCCGUAUCCGUUUUAACGUUGACAUUCAUUUCCAUCGACCGUUGGUACGCAAUCUGUUUCCCUCUAAAGUUUAAAUCAACUACUGGAAGGGCGAAAACCACUAUCGCCAUUAUUUGGUUACUCGCUUUACUAUUCGAUAUUCCCGAACUGUUGGUAUAUCAAACCGUUCCUGACCGCGGAUAUCAGAACUAUAGUAGUAUUUACCUUACACAGUGCGAGCCUAGUUGGUCUCUCGAAACGGAUCGCAAUUGGACGAUAGCGAAGAUGAUUUUACUGUAUGUAAUACCGCUAAUAUUCAUGACGGUGGCCUACUGUCAAAUUAUACGUGUCUUAUGGCGUUCGGGGCACGUAAGACAACAUGCGUUAGAUAUUUCGGACGGAAGACAGAUGAACACAUUUGCCAUGAAUACAAAUACCAGUACAGAGAGCCAACUGCGAUCUAGAAGAAAAGCCGCAAAAAUGUUGUUUGCCGUUGUAAUAAUGUUUGCCGUGUGCUAUUUUCCUGUUCAUCUACUGUGUAUACUUAGGUAUGUAAUUACAUUUCGAUUACUAUUGACAUUUUGCACUUUACUGUGUUUUCCCGGUUUGUUUAGUUGUUCUUAAUGUUUGUGAUUGAAU